GAGGGCGGCCACGUGGAGUACGUUCCGCUGCCUGGGCAGCCCAACGUUGAUGAUGAGACCUGCGAGUUGCCUGCGAAGGGCACUCGCAGCACAGUGUAUGAGUUCCAGAGCUCAACGGAGGCCGGCAAGCUGUACCAGGUCAAGAAAAAGAGGCGGGAGAUGGAGAAGAUCAGCACGGUCUUCGUUCGCAGCAUGACGGAGGGCGGCUGGACGGGCUGGACACAGCUGCUCCAGCAUCAGGACAGCAUGUGUCCCGAGGCCGUGCAAGGCCAUCUAGGAGUACGGCCCUCAGCGUCACGGGCGGCGGAGAUCGUGAUCACAGAGUGCAUGAAGGUCAUGGUGAAGACUGGCCGUGGCUCCAAGGCCGAGGGCAAGAUAGUCAAGCAGGAGGUGCUGUCCGCGCUGGGCAUCGCCGACGCGGAGUGA